AUGUUGCGCUUCUUCUUCUCCGUGGCUCUCUGGUUUCUCUGCCUCCUCCCUCACGCCCUCCCCCACCCCUGCAUCGGCGUCACCUACUCCGCCCCAAGCGGCUCCUCCAACCACCACUCCCAGGAGGUGGAGCGCAUCUCCGGUGGCCUCCGGCAGCUGAAGGCGAGAUCGCUCCGGCUGGAAAACGCGGACCCGUCCAUCACCCGGAGCCUCCUCUACACGAACACGACGCUCUUCCUCACCAUUCCCAACUACAUGGUCUCGCAAAUCGCCCAAAACCGCUCCGUAGCAGAGUCCUGGCUCUACACCCACGUCGUCCCAUUCUAUCCACGUGUCAAAAUCACCACCAUCUCGGUAGGCAACGCCUUCCCCGACGUGCACCCGGAAUCCCUCAACGACCUCAUCCCGGCAAUCUCCAACGUCCACGUGUCUCUCCGCGUACUCGGCAUCCGCAAGAUCAAGGUGUCCACGUCAUUCUCCUUCGUCACCGCCCUGUCAUCCCCGUUCCCGCCCUCAAACGCACAGUUUCAAGAACCCCCAGGGGUCACACUCUUCGGUCCUCUCCUCCAAUUCUUGCAGGAUACAGAUUCCUCCUUCUUGAUCAACCUCUACCCUUACAACCUCUACCGUUUGAACCCCGAGAUCCCCCUCGGCAUCGCGCUCUUCCAAGAAUACCCCUUCAACUUCCGCGACGACUUCACCACCGGCGUCCGCUACCGCAACCUCUUCGACGUCAUGGUCGACGCCGUUGUCUCCGCCCUCGCUGUCGCCGGCUACGAGACCAUCCCCCUCGUCGUGACGGAAACCGGCUGGCCUAGCUUUAGCAACCUCGGCAACGAGUUCGACGCCAACCUGGGCUACGCCGGGAUUUAUCUGAAGGGCCUCGUGAAACACCUGAAGUCCGGCAUGGGAACGCCGUUGCUGAAGGACGGUGUGCGCGAGGUUUUCGUGUACGAGAUGUUCGAUAAGGACGAAGGAACAGGGAGGAGUUGGGGGGUUCUCUACGCCAACGGAACUGCCAAGUACCGCGUGGAUUUCUCCUCUUCCUCUCUUGCUUCUUCGCCUGUUCGCGUGGCGGUGAUCAUCGUUUUCUUGAUUUUCGUUAUUACGUGACUUUGUUAUCGGUUCAGUUGUGCUGUUUUUGUUGUAGAAUUUCUUCAUGCAGAGACUGACGUGGGGAUAAUUAGAUUUGUUCUUGCGUUUUGUGUUUGUUGAUUACUUCUUUUGUAUGUCAUCAUAGAGAUUGUUGUAUGAACGCUGAUUUC